AUGGGCGCCAAAAGGCACGCGCCCUUCCGGUCCAAAUAUGGCGUGGAACUCGCCCUGCGGGUCAGGGACCGGGACCCCGAGACGAACGAGGUGCUCACCGCCACGUGCAUGUUUUGCCAGUCGUUUGGACGCGAGAACAAAGCUGGCGCGCUGCGGCGCCCGACGGACAAAGUCGCGGUGUUUAAGCCUCCGUUCCGCAAAGACGCGAUCCAGAUCCACCACGUGGGACAGCACGCAGCGCGAUGGGCCGCGUACUGCGCUCUCUUAAGUGACGAUACCCGACGGGCGUUCUUUACUUCAGCCGACGAGGCACCCGAUGGUGUCGCGUUGUUGUCCACGGAGACGAGCGGGCGACCGGUGAAAACCACUCGACGGGCGCCACAUUCAGUUUCAAAGUCAACUUCAACUUCAAGAGACCGCGGGCCUCAACGACAUGUACCGGUAAUGCCGCAACCGCUACGGCCGACAAGACAUUGGGUGGUCGACCGAGACAUUGUCACGGUCGUCAUCGGUACGUUCGUGCCACACGCUUCGGCGGUAAUCACUGCUGGACAGACGUACCUGUUGCAUGCAGUCGCUGAUUUUCAGGAUCUGGUGGACGAGACCGAGUCGGGCAAUGAUCGCCCAGCAGCUGACAGAACCGCUGCGAGGUUUCGCAUUGUCGUGGCACACCCGACGCAGUUCCAGCGGUUUAUCGAUCUCCUCAGCGCAAGUGAAUCACUGACGACUUCGGCAACAAUGUUGCAACAACAAACGAGUAAGGAAUCAGUGCCUGGAAGUCCAUCGCUCGAUGCGGAGGGAAUGGAGGCACUUGUGCACGUUGCUGCCAGGUAUGCGCGAUUCCUCUGUGCGAUCAAUUUCCAGCAGAUGGCUGAUAUUGUGAAAAGUACCGGCGUGUGCUCAAUCGGGUUGCAGGUCGGGCCCAUGGCACCCGCGUUGGUCGGUGAAACGCAAGUACUGUAUUGUGUGCACUUGCAGCUUCGUGUGUUUGCCAACGGAGAAGUUACGAGCUUUCACGUCCUGUCGAUGCCAGUGGAUGACUGCCAUUCGUUGGCCACAGACGGCUUGGGUCGUGUUUUUGACACUACGGAAGCAGUACUUGACGUGAUCGUACCGCGAUGGCAAGACCUCGUGCUUGCCGUUGUCAUUGAGACCGAAGGUACCAUGGAUCACGAGGCAGGCGAUCUACGGACCGUGCUGUGCAACGCAGCGAUCGGUCGCUUUGAGACUGUGUUGAAGCCUGGGUCGUUGAAGCUAUGCUGUGCUGCUCGACAGCUUGAUUCGCUCAUGCAGAGCUUCUUCAGCGGGAUCGUAGGCGGUGAAGCGAUUUACACGAAACUCACGACCUUAGUCGCAUACGUGAGUCGGCAGCGCGCAUUGCUGAGUACGAUCGAGACGGACGCUCCAGCUAUUGGCGACAAUCGAUGGAGGUCCAUUGCCAGUGUCACGAUGUGGUUUCGGCGCUACAGCGCGAGUAUCAGGGCGCACCUUAAGACCCAUCGGGCGACUUGUUCACCUCCAGACACGUGGUGGAUUCGCGUGAUCUUGGCGGCACGAGUCAGCCAAGAGGUUUUGCCAAUUUUGCUCGAGAUGUCGAGUUUCUCUGCAGAGACGCUGUUUCGUCGGGAUGCUGUUGUCAAGCUACGUGCGUUCGUGAUUGACUGGUUCAGCAUCUCUGGACCACCGAAAAGUAAUGAGUCAGCUGUAGCAGCCGGCACAGCUCGAUCCGAAACAAAUACUUUGGUCGUUUCACAGGAUGGCAAGUACUCCGUCAGCAUCGACAAUGUUUUUGCAGCACUAGAAGAUCUGGGAUCAUCCACUGCCGACAUCUUACGUGCUGCCAAGAGCGAGGACGAUCGCAUACAGGCACUGUUCGAAACUACACUGAACGACACAGCUGCCAGUGUCGUCGGCCUUGUUGCGGGUCUAACUUCAGUCGUAACUGGCAUGGAUGGCGUCGGUGCCAUGGUGUCGCGUUUGCCUGCUGUAUUGCCUCAAGACCUCGUGAACCUGCGUGGGCGACAAUUUACAGCGGCCGUUCUGCCUCAAAUGGAGCGGCUUCGUGUUGCAGGCUGGACACCGCAAGAGAUUGAAUGGAUCGAGCAGGAUUUCCAGGACCUGCGUGGUGCCUACUUCUGCGAGGCGUCUCUCAAGCUGGCACUGGCAUCGUGCGUCAACAAGCAUUCAGUUCGUGAUUCGUGGGGUUGUCUCCAAGGUCGAUUCACGCAUUUGCGGCGCUUUUGCGAACUGAUGGCGACUGCGUAUCCAAUCAGUGGUGCCCUUCACGACAUCCACAAUGGACCCACUUCCGGCUGCACGCCGGUAGCCACAGCACCAACCACCACGACGUUAUUCGAGGACUUGAAGACCGAAGUCUCCGACCUUUCGGUUCAGGCUGUGCUCCAGGCCAAACAGUUUCGAACGCUACAGGCUGUGAGACUGCAGAUUUAG